CAACAGGUGUCUGCCUCUAACCAGGGAGGGCCGAAGUGCCCUUUCGCGCAAGAGAGUGGAAGGAGGGAGCUGUUUGCAAGCACCGAGGAGAUCUCGCAACGUAGGCAGCACCUGACCUGAGUCUUGCAGAAUGAAAAGUACUACAGGCGGUCUCUGCAUGAUGUGGCUUCUGAAGACUCAAGAAACACCCGCCUCACUAGUCUGCAAUGGAGAGGGCAGAAGUGGAAAUUCAAACACCACGGUUCCAUUCUGUUACUAAUUCUGUAGACAUGUGCCUCCACCGCAGGGAGUAAGUCACACCAAGGGGGAAAGUUCUCAGGGGCCCCCAGACCACCAGCACCCUUGUCCCUCCCCCUGGAGAGAAAGCAGAACUAUGGCAUUUUAUAGCUGCUGUUGGAUCUUCUUGGCUUUUACCUGGUGUACUUCUGCCUAUGGGCCUGACCAGCGAGCCCAGAAGAAAGGGGACAUUAUCCUCGGGGGGCUCUUUCCUAUUCAUUUUGGAGUAGCAGCCAAAGAUCAAGAUCUAAAGUCGAGGCCGGAGUCUGUGGAAUGUAUCAGGUAUAAUUUCCGAGGAUUUCGCUGGCUACAAGCUAUGAUAUUUGCCAUAGAGGAAAUAAACAGCAGCCCAGCCCUUCUUCCCAACAUGACCCUGGGAUACAGGAUAUUCGACACUUGCAACACUGUUUCUAAAGCCCUGGAAGCCACCCUGAGUUUUGUGGCCCAGAACAAAAUCGAUUCUUUGAACCUUGAUGAGUUCUGCAACUGCUCAGAGCACAUCCCCUCUACUAUCGCGGUGGUGGGAGCAACUGGCUCAGGCAUCUCCACAGCGGUGGCAAACCUGCUGGGGCUCUUCUACAUCCCCCAGGUCAGCUAUGCCUCUUCCAGCAGACUCCUCAGCAACAAAAAUCAGUUCAAGUCCUUCCUGCGUACCAUCCCCAAUGAUGAACACCAGGCCACCGCCAUGGCUGACAUCAUCGAGUACUUCCGCUGGAACUGGGUGGGCACAAUUGCCGCUGAUGACGACUAUGGUCGGCCAGGGAUCGAGAAGUUCCGAGAGGAAGCUGAGGAGAGGGAUAUCUGCAUCGACUUCAGCGAACUCAUCUCCCAGUACUCUGAUGAGGAAGAGAUCCAGCAAGUGGUGGAGGUGAUACAGAAUUCCACAGCCAAAGUCAUCGUCGUCUUCUCCAGUGGCCCAGACCUGGAACCCCUCAUCAAGGAAAUCGUCCGGCGAAAUAUCACGGGUAGGAUCUGGCUGGCCAGCGAGGCCUGGGCCAGCUCUUCCUUGAUCGCCAUGCCUGAGUACUUCCAUGUGGUCGGAGGCACCAUUGGAUUCGCUUUGAAGGCGGGGCAGAUCCCAGGUUUCCGGGAAUUCCUGCAGAAAGUCCAUCCCAGGAAGUCUGUCCACAACGGUUUUGCUAAGGAGUUUUGGGAAGAAACAUUUAACUGCCACCUCCAAGAAGGUGCUAAAGGACCAUUACCCAUGGACACCUUCCUGAGAGGUCACGAAGAAGGUGGUGGCAGGAUAAGCAACAGCUCCACCGCCUUCCGACCUCUCUGUACAGGGGAUGAGAACAUCAGUAGUGUCGAGACCCCUUACAUGGAUUAUACACAUUUACGGAUAUCCUACAAUGUCUACUUAGCCGUCUACUCCAUUGCUCAUGCCCUGCAAGAUAUAUACACCUGCAUACCUGGGAGAGGGCUCUUCACCAACGGUUCCUGUGCAGAUAUCAAGAAGGUUGAAGCUUGGCAGGUCCUGAAGCACCUACGGCACCUAAACUUUACCAACAAUAUGGGGGAGCAGGUAACUUUCGAUGAAUGUGGAGACCUGGCAGGGAACUAUUCCAUCAUCAAUUGGCACCUCUCCCCAGAGGAUGGCUCCAUAGUGUUUAAGGAAGUUGGAUAUUACAAUGUCUAUGCCAAGAAAGGAGAAAGGCUCUUCAUCAAUGAGGAGAAAAUCCUGUGGAGUGGAUUCUCAAGGGAGGUGCCUUUCUCCAACUGCAGCCGAGACUGCCUGGCAGGGACCAGGAAAGGAAUCAUUGAGGGGGAGCCCACCUGCUGCUUUGAGUGCGUGGAGUGUCCCGACGGGGAGUAUAGUGAUGAGACAGACGCAAGUGCCUGUGACAAGUGCCCUGAUGACUUCUGGUCCAAUGAGAACCACACUUCCUGCAUUGCCAAGGAGAUUGAGUUUCUGUCCUGGACUGAGCCCUUUGGGAUCGCACUCACCCUCUUUGCUGUGCUGGGCAUCUUCCUCACUGCCUUCGUGCUGGGCGUCUUCAUCAAGUUCCGCAACACGCCCAUUGUCAAGGCCACCAACCGAGAGCUCUCCUACCUCCUCCUCUUCUCCCUGCUCUGCUGUUUCUCCAGCUCCCUGUUCUUCAUUGGGGAGCCCCAGGACUGGACCUGUCGCCUGCGCCAGCCGGCCUUUGGUAUCAGCUUCGUGCUCUGCAUCUCGUGCAUCCUGGUGAAAACCAACCGCGUCCUCCUGGUGUUUGAGGCCAAGAUUCCCACCAGCUUCCACCGCAAGUGGUGGGGGCUCAACCUGCAGUUCCUGCUGGUCUUCCUCUGCACCUUCAUGCAGAUCGUCAUCUGUGCCAUCUGGCUCAACACCGCGCCCCCCUCGAGCUACCGCAACCACGAGCUGGAGGAUGAGAUCAUCUUCAUCACCUGCCACGAGGGCUCGCUCAUGGCACUGGGCUUCCUGAUCGGCUACACCUGCCUGCUGGCUGCCAUCUGCUUCUUCUUCGCCUUCAAGUCCCGGAAGCUGCCGGAGAACUUCAACGAAGCCAAGUUCAUCACCUUCAGCAUGCUCAUCUUCUUCAUCGUCUGGAUCUCGUUCAUUCCCGCCUACGCCAGCACCUACGGCAAGUUUGUCUCUGCCGUGGAGGUGAUCGCUAUCCUGGCAGCCAGCUUUGGCUUGCUGGCCUGCAUCUUCUUCAACAAGGUCUACAUCAUCCUCUUCAAGCCAUCCCGUAACACCAUCGAGGAGGUGCGCUGCAGCACCGCGGCUCACGCCUUCAAGGUGGCGGCCCGCGCCACGCUGCGCCGCAGCAAUGUCUCCCGCCAGCGGUCCAGCAGCCUUGGGGGCUCCACGGGAUCUACCCCCUCCUCCUCCAUCAGCAGCAAGAGCAACAGCGAGGACCCCUUCCCGCAGCCCGAGAGGCAGAAGCAGCAGCAGCCGCUGGCCCUGACCCAGUGCACGCAGCAGCCACAGCCGCGGCCGCCCUCGACCCUGCAGCUGCAGCAGCAGCCCAGAUGCAAGCAGAAGGUCAUUUUCGGCAGUGGCACAGUCACCUUCUCGCUGAGCUUUGACGAGCCUCAGAAGAGCGCCAUGGCUCACAGGAAUUCCACGCACCAGAACUCCCUGGAGGCCCAGAAAAACAACGACGCCCUGACCAGACACCAGGCGUUACUCCCGCUGCAGUGCGGGGAGACAGACUCGGAACUGACCGCCCAGGAGACAGGCCUGCAGGGGCCUGUGGGUGGGGACCACCAGCCAGAGAUGGAGGACCCGGAAGAGAUGUCCCCAGCACUUGUAGUGUCUAAUUCACGGAGCUUUGUCAUCAGCGGUGGAGGCAGCACUGUCACAGAAAACAUGCUGCAUUCCUAAAACGGAAGGAGAAGGCCAGUCCAGGGGGAAUUCCAGAGAGGUUUCCUGGGAUCACGGUCUCCGACAGGGAUGAGGAAUCACCCCAGACUCCUUUCCUCCAGGAAGGAGGAAUAAGACACCCCAAAUGCGUGGAACUUAGUUGCACUGCCACAAAUGACAGUGAAUUGACUAAUGUUCCCUUU